GGAAUGCAGUUUCACAAAGCACAUCCACCCCAGUGGUGGUGAACGGGGCUCUGGGGAAGUCGGUAACCCUUCCCCUGGAGUUUCCCACAGGAGGGAAGGCCGAGGACAUCUUGGCCAUCACUGUGCUUUACAGCGGAAGAUCUAUUGCCUUCAUAAACCCGAGAGAAGCAGGAAGUCUACAUGUGACCGAUCCUAAAUGGAAAACACGACUGAACUUCAUUCAUCCUGACUCCGUGCAGCUCCACAACCUGACGAUGGCUGAUGCAGGACCUUACAGCACCACAAUGAGCACAGAAAAUGCCACGUGGCUCUCCAGAUACACUCUGAGGAUUUUCAGGCAGCUGAGGAGACCUCAGGUUGAAGUGGAUUCCGUCAUCUCUGAGAACGGGUCCUGCAUCACCACCCUGAGGUGUUCUGUGGAGGGAGCAGACCAUGUUACAUAUCAGUGGACACCAAUGGGACCAUGGGCUGUCGUGUCCCAGGAAGGGUCUGUCCUUAGUGACACCUGGUGUCUUCAUGACCUGGAUCGGACCUACACCUGCAUGGCUCAGAAUCCUGUGAGCAGUUACAGCUCCACUCCACUCCCUGUUGGGCAGCUUUGUACAGGUUCCAAGGCAGCUGAAGGCACCUGCUGUCCAGUGAAAUGGAUUCUCCUGGGGAAAGGGCUUCUUCUCCUUGUGUUCCUAGGGGUUCUAGCAACUUGGCACAUCCAGACACGGAUGCUCAGCAUGAAAAGAGACAAGUAAUGCCCCAGGAAAAACAGGUUGUCCCAAGAUGAGGUU